AUGGUGCUGCUAGUGAAAGACAACAUACUCAGAAUGCUACCUAGUGAUAUGGUGCUGCUAGUGAUAGACAACAUAGUCAGAAUUUUACUUGGUGAUAUGGUGCUGCUAGUGAUAGACAACAUAGUCAGAAUGUUACUUGGUGAUAUGGUGCUGCUAGUGAUAGACAACAUAGUCAGAAUGUUACUUGGUGAUAUGGUGGUGCUAGUGAUAGUCAACAUAGUCAGAAUGUUACUUGGUGAUAUGGUGCUGCUAGUGAUAGACAACAUAGUCAGAAUGUUACCUAGUGAUAUGGUGCUGCUAGUGAUAGACAACAUUGUCAGAAUGUUACUUGGUUAUAUGGUGCUGCUAGUGAUAGACAACAUAGUCAGAAUGUUACUUGGUGAUAUGGUGCUGCUAAUGAUAGACAACAUACUCAGAAUGUUACUAGGUUAUGUGGUGCUGCUAGUGAUAUUCAACAUAGUCAGAAUGUUACUAGGUGAUGUGGUGCUGCUAGUGAUAGACAACAUAGUCAGAAUGUUACUUGGUGAUGGUGCUGCUAGUGAUAGUGAACAUACUCAGAAUGUUACUUGGUGAUAUGUUGCUGCUAGUGAUAGUCAACAUAGUCAGAAUGUUACUUGGUGAUGGUGCUUCUAGUGAUAGACAACAUACUCAGAAUGUUACUUGGUGAUGGUGCUGCUAGUGAUAGUCAACAUAGUCAGAAUGUUACUUGGUGAUGGUGCUGCUAGUGAUAGACAACAUAGUCAGAAUGUUACUUGGUGAUAUGGUGCUGCUAGUGAUAGACAACAUAGUCAGAAUGUUACUUGGGUAUAUGGUGCUGCUAGUGAUAGUCAACAUAGUCAGAAUGUUACUUGGUGAUAUGAUGCUGCUAGUGAUAGACAACAUAGUCAGAAUGUUACUUGGUGAUAUGGUGCUGCUAGUGAUAGACAACAUAGUCAGAAUGUUACUUGGUGAUAUGGUGCUGCUAGUGAUAGACAACAUAGUCAGAAUGUUACCUAGUGAUAUGGUGCUGCUAGUGAUAGACAACAUUGUCAGAAUGUUACUUGGUUAUAUGGUGCCUGCUAGUGAUAGACAACAUUGUCAGAAUGUUACUUGGUGAUAUGGUGCUGCUAAUGAUAGACAACAUACUCAGAAUGUUACUAGGUGAUGUGGUGCUGCUAGUGAUAUUCAACAUAGUCAGAAUGUUACUAGGUGAUGUGGUGCUGCUAGUGAUAGACAACAAAGUCAGAAUGUUACUUGGUGAUGGUGCUGCUAGUGAUAGUGAACAUACUCAGAAUGUUACUUGGUGAUAUGUUGCUGCUAGUGAUAGUCAACAUAGUCAGAAUGUUACUUGGUGAUAUAGUGCUGCUAGUGAUAGACAACAUAGUCAGAAUGUUACUUGGUGAUAUGGUGCUGCUAGUGAUAGACAACAUAGUCAGAAUGUUACUUGGUGAUACGGUGCUGCUAGUGAUAGACAACAUAGUCAGAAUGUUACUUGGUGAUAUGGUGCUGCUAGUGAUAGACAACAUAGUCAGAAUGUUACUUGGUGAUAUGGUGCUGCUAGUGAUAGACAACAUACUCAGAAUGUUACUUGGUGAUAUGGUGCUGCUAGUGAUAGACAACAUAGUCAGAAUGAUACUUGGUUAUAUGCUGCUGCUAGUGAUAGACAACAUAGUCAGAAUGUUACCUGGUUAUAUGGUGCUGCUUGUGAUAGACAACAUAGUCAGAAUGUUACCUGGUGAUAUGGUGCUGCUAAUGAUAGACAACAUAUUCAGAAUGUUACUUGGUGAUGGUGCUGCUAGUGAUAGUCAACAUAGUCAGAAUGUUACUUGGUGAUGGUGCUGCUAGUGAUAGACAACAUAGUCAGAAUGUUACUUGGUGAUGUGGUGCUGCUAGUGAUAAUCAACAUACUCAGAAUGUUACUAGGUGAUGUGGUGCUGCUAGUGAUAGACAACAUAGUCAGAAUGUUACUUGGUGAUAUGGUGCUGCUAGUGAUAGACAACAUAGUCAGAAUGUUACUUGGUGAUGGUGCUGCUAGUGAUAGACAACAUAGUCAGAAUGUUACUUGGUGAUGUGGUGCUGCUAGUGAUAGUCAACAUACUCAGAAUGUUACUAGGUGAUGUGGUGCUGCUAGUGAUAGACAACAUAGUCAGAAUGUUACUUGGUGAUAUGGUGCUGCUAGUGAUAGACAACAUAGUCAGAAUGUUACUAGGUGAUGUGGUGCUGCUAGUGAUAGUCAACAUACUCAGAAUGUUACUAGGUGAUGUGGUGCUGCUAGUGAUAGACAACAUAGUCAGAAUGUUACUUGGUGAUAUGGUGCUGCUAGUGAUAGACAACAUAGUCAGAAUGUUACUUGGUGAUGGUGCUGCUAGUGAUAGACAACAUAGUCAGAAUGUUACUAGGUGA